AUGGCUGGCACUCUACCUCCACUGUUCGAAAUUACCGCCGACGAUCAUGGCGGAUACGGUGCUGUCGCAGUGUAUACACUCCUUGCAUUGACAGUUGUCAUUGUGUCCACUCGUUUAUCGACUCGAUGGUUCAUCGGCCGUGUUGUCCAUCCAGACGACAUUUUGCUGGGUAUAUCAUUGCUACUUGGAAUUAUACAAAGUGUAUUAGCCCAACUUGCAAUCUCCAAUGGUCUCGGUCGACGACUAUUGAAUAUCGGGGACCACCAGCUGGAGAAGUAUCUCAAGUAUGAGUAUGCUGCUCAAAUCCUCCUCAUUGCGACAAUCGCCUUCAGCAAGCUCUCACUAGGCCUGCUGUUCAAGAACUUGAUGACAUCCCGACGUUCAUCUAUCACAAACCAGACCUUGAUGGGGGUGAUUAUUGCAUGGGCACUGGCUUCUAUCAUCGCAUUAGCUCUCCGAUGCUCCAUGCCAACUCCCUGGAAAUGGGAUCAGCAUGAUCAAUGUAUCAACCAGGCUGCACUUUUCCAAGCAAUCGCUGCGUUCAAUAUUCUUACAGAUAUUGCCCUCGUUGUGCUUCCUUGCUUGUUGCUUCGGAAUGUGCAGUUGACCCGGUUGAAGAGAUUCAGAAUCAUGGCGCUGCUAGCCAGCAGGUUUCUGGUAUGCAUCGCAGCGGGUAUUGAAAUCAAGUACACCGUGAGAAUGCUCAACUCGCCUGAUAUUCCUUGGGCAAACACCAAUUCCACCAUCUGGGACCAAACCAUGAUGAACCUCAGCAUCAUCACAACCGCCCUCCCAUCCCUCGGCCGCCUCGUCAUUGAACUCCAACCCAGCAUCCACGCUUUCACCAUCAACGACGACCCCAAUGAUAUCCGGGCGCCCGGCGGUGGAUACAACUUCUCAUCUAUGGGCAAGUCAAUGGACCACGGUUUAAAGCCAGGAACCUCGGUACAGGUCACAAGUGGAUGGCGGGAGUCGCUCAAGGAUGAUGGGGAGAGUACGGAGGGAUUGGUUACUGGUGCUGAUCAGCAGAAUGUGAUUCAGCAGACGAUUCAUUUUGAGGUCCAUUGA